UGUCCUUUCCCGCCGGAAGCAGUCCUGUAAAGUAAACCCUGAGAGCUUCUGGAGGUGACAGCGUAGCUUCACAUGUAACAAAAAGAUGUCUAAAAACACUAAAAUAGUUCUGGUGUUUGGAGGCUUCAUAACGGCGGUGGCCGCUGCGUUUUAUCCCAUAUUUGUCUACCCUCUGACACAUAAGGAGGAAUACAGAGAAGUCCAGAAGGUGAACCGGGCAGGAAUCAACCAGGCCGAUAUUCAGCCUGCAGGUGUGAAGAUCUGGUCCGAUCCGUUCAAGCCUGUAGAGAAAUGAAGACAGCGAGAAGUCCUGCUCACUGAUGCUAUUGAAAUCAUGAAUAUGUUUUCGGAGUGCUUGGUGUGUGCCUGAGUGAAAUACUUACCGAUUGUUUUGACUGCUUUGGAUGCGUUUCUACUUAAAUUAAAGUCAACCAUUAAAAAU